AUGAAGAAAAGAUUUUGCCUACUUUUGCUAGCCAUCUUGGGGUCUUUAAUUCUGUCUGGAGCUGAGAAUCCGGUGAAAAAAUUGCCUGAUGCUAACUCUGCCGGAUUCAAGGAAGCCAUUAUCUAUGAACCACUUGGUAAUGAUCGUAUCAGACUUACAGGUGAUUCUGACUAUUACAAUCAUGGUUUGGUGAAAGUCUUCCGAAAUAAUUCCUGGGGCUAUGUCUGUGAUGAUGAUUGGGAUAUCAAUGAUGCAAACGUAGCCUGCAGACAGCUUGGAUUUAAUCGAGGAGCAUCAAGGUUUUUUAGUGCUUCUUGGUAUAGAGAGGCUAAAGAUGGUUUAUAUUUGAUGGAUGAUGUCAAAUGUGCUGGAGAUGAAAAGCAAUUGCAGAAAUGUUCAUAUAAUAUUGAUCAUGACUGUGACAAGAACGAAGCAGCUGGUGUGAUUUGUAACUUAAAUACAGGCUGUGAAGACCAAUGGAUUGCUGGCCCAGCUGGUUGUUACCGUCUUUUUAAUGGUACUAUGUCUCGUUAUGAUGCCGAAAACAAGUGCAAAUCACUGAAUGGACAUCUUGUAAAAAUUGAAACGCAGGAAGAGAAUAAUUUUCUCAGUUCAAUCCUGCGUACGUGGAAAGAAAAGCAUUACUGGCUGACUGAUGGAAUAAAGGAAAAAAAUUGGAUUUGGAAAACAGAUGGAAAACCAAUUUCAUCUUCCUUUUGGUUUCCAGGAUGGGAACCCCAGUCACAGUUUCCAAAUCCCAGCAAUAAUACCCUUAAGAGAUGCCUAGCAUUGGCCAAUGCUUUUAAAUACAAGGACUCCAAAUACUUGUCAGAAUAUUUCUACUGGGAUAAUAUCAAGUGCAACAAUGUUAGUAAUUUUAUUUGUGAAACUGAAAAGACAAAAACACCUUCUGCUGCUGAAUACAACAUGAAAUGUUCAAAUAAUGAAAUGUCCUGUGGCUCUUCAAAUACAUGUGUCCCACUUGUAUGGGAAUGUGACGGUGAGGAGGACUGCCCUGGAGGAGAAGAUGAAAGUAACUGUGUUGCUUCAAAAUGUUCGAAAGAUCAAAUGUUCUGCACAUUUCAAACUAGCUGUAUUCCACUUACAUGGAAAUGUGAUGGUGAAAUUGACUGCCAAGAAGGAGAAGAUGAAAGUAACUGCAACCUUAGGAAAUGUUUACAAGAUCAAAUCCCCUGCGCCAAUUCAGACAGUUGUAUUUCACUGUCAUGGAAAUGUGAUGGUGACAACGACUGCUCUGAAGGAGAAGAUGAAACUAACUGCGACUCUUCAAAAUGUUUACCAGAUCAAAUGACUUGUGCCUCUUCAGGCAGCUGUAUUUCACUGUCAUGGAAAUGUAAUGGUAUUAAGGACUGUCCUGGAGGAGAAGAUGAAACUAACUGCGGCAUCAAAGUAGAACUUGUUGGUGGCUUCUCGGAACUCAAUGGAAGAAUUGAAAUCACUCGUAAUGGAAUCAAAGGAACUGUCUGUGAUGAUGAAUUUGAUAACAAUGAUGCUACAGUUAUUUGUAGAAUGUUGGGACACAGUUCUGGAGAAAUAAUUCCAAAUAUAUUUGGAUAUGGGGAAGGCACCAUCUGGCUGGAUAAUCUCAAUUGUACUGGAUCAGAAUAUGAUCUUGAAGUUUGUCCCAACCUAUCUUGGGGAACACAUAACUGUACCCACAAGAAUGAUGUUGCCAUUAAAUGUUUCAAAGAACUUAAUACAACCUUAUUAACAACCACAAGUAUACCUCCAGCUUCCUCAACAGAACCAACUGGUAUCAAAGUAGAACUUGUUGGUGGCUCCUCAGAACUCAGUGGAAGAAUUGAAAUUACUCGUAAUGGAAUCAAAGGAACUGUCUGUGAUGAUGAAUUUGAUAACAAUGAUGCUACAGUUAUUUGUAGAAUGUUGGGGCACAGUUCUGGAGAAAUAAUUCCAAAUAUAUUUGGAUAUGGGGAAGGCACCAUCUGGCUGGAUAAUCUCAAUUGUACUGGAUCAGAAUAUGAUCUUGAAGUUUGUCCCAACCUUUCUUGGGGAAAGCAUGACUGUACCUACAAGGAAGAUGUUGCCAUUAAAUGUUUCAAAGAAGCAACUACAACCUUAUCAUCAACCACAAGUAUACCUCCAACUUCCUCAACAGACCAAAAUGUGACAUGUGGCAGAAGGCCAAUAAAUCAAAGGUACCAACAAUCUUUUGGUGGCCAAGUUGCCAAAUAUGGUGCUUUUCCAUGGCAAGCAAGAAUUUUGGAAGAUAUCUCCUUCGGAAAACUGCAUCACUGUGGAGCUGCCAUUAUCAAUAAAUUUUGGCUACUCACUGCUGCCCAUUGUUUAAAAAAAAUUAUGAAGAAAGAAAGUCUGUUGCUUCAGACAGGAGAUCUAAACAGCAAAAUUUGGGACACACAUGAGCAGUCAUUUCAAGCAGAGCAUUUGAUCACACAUCCCUUGUAUAAUAGUCUCACCCAUGAUUAUGACAUUGGACUCAUCAAGCUGCGACCAGAGAGCAAUGGAAAUGGAAUAGUUUUCAAUGAUUAUGUUCAACCAGUCUGUCUUCCACCUCAAAAUCUGAGUAUAUCUGCAGGAACACUUUGUGAAAUAUCUGGUUGGAGUAGCACAGGUGAAAUUUAUCCUUCCAUGCUGAAAGCAGCACGUAUUCCUCUGUUACAUCGCCAUCUUUGUGCAACCAUUGACAAAGGCAUCACUCCAAGAAUGUUUUGUGCUGGUUAUAUUAAAGGAGGUAUUGAUAUAUGCAAAGGUGACAUUGGUGAACCCUUAGUCUGCAGCAUUAACGGUGUGCACACAUUGAUUGGAAUAACCUCCUAUGGUAAAGUUUGCAUAAGGCUCAAUAAUCCAAGGGUCUACACAGAUGUAGCACAGCUGAAACCCUGGAUAAUGGCAACAUUAGCUAAAUAUUCAUGA